AAUUCCAAGAAAAACAUGGGAUGACAGAUUUAUUUACCAUAUACUGUUACGAUCAAAACAAAAGCAACCAAAGAUUAAUUUAAAUGGCAUAAAUACAUUUGCAUGCUGCAUCUUCAUUUCAUUUCAUUUGAAAUCUCUCUCUCUCUCUCUCUCUCCCGCUCGCCCUCUCUUCUAAGCUUUAUCUUUCGGGGGCUUCUGCACUGCCUUUGACAUGGGAGAAGCUCAGGAAGUUCAACUUCACAUCAUGGACCAAGAAGCUAAAGAUCAAACAAACUUACCUCAAUAUACAAGUAUCACCGAUCAGUGCUCAACGGCUCCACAAACAAGAAACUACAGGCGGUGGAUCCGCAUAUCAAUCUAUACAGUCUUUCUCCUAGUUGGACAGUCAGUGGCUAUGCUUUUGGGAAGAUUGUACUUUGUUAAAGGUGGAAACAGCAAAUGGAUGGCAACACUAGUGCAACUUGCAGGCUUUCCGGUUCUUAUUCCCUUCUAUCUCAUCUCAACUACCAGUAAACCCAGCACAAAUGAUAGCCAAAUAAAAUCACCAUCUGUCACAACACUUGCAUUGAUUUACGUAUCGAUUGGACUGCUUGUAGCAGCAGACUGCUAUCUAUACACUAUUGGACUGCAGUACCUUCCUGUGUCUACUUACACCCUCAUCUGUGCAUCUCAGUUGGCCUUCAAUUCUGUCUUCUCCUUUUUGCUCAAUGCACAGAAGUUCACACCAUUUAUAAUAAAUUCUCUAGUCCUCCUUACCAUCUCCUCUAUCCUACUCGUCUUUAAUAAUGAGUCUUCAGACGGCACUUCUGGAGUCUCCAAAGGAAAAUAUGCUAUUGGUUUCACAUGCACUGUUGCUGCUUCCGCGGGGUAUGGACUGGUGCUCUCUUUGACACAGCUCUGCUUCAACAAGGUUAUAAGGAGGCAGACAUUUAAGGUAGUCCUGGACAUGAUAAUCUAUCAACAAAUAGUAGCGACUUCUGUUAUUGUAGUUGGACUUUUUGCUAGUGGAGACUGGAAGGGUCUAACAAGAGAAAUGGAUGGGUAUAAAAUGGGAAAGGUUUCUUAUGUGAUGAACUUAGUUGGGACUGCCAUGUCUUGGCAGGUUUUCGCGAUUGGCUGCGUUGGAUUGAUUUUUGAUGUUUCUUCCUUGUUUUCCAAUUCCAUAAGUGUUUUGGGAUUGCCUAUUGUUCCAGUCCUAGCUGUGUUCGUAUUCAAUGACAAAAUGGGUGGUGUGAAGGCAAUUUCAAUGGUGUUGGCUAUCUGGGGUUUCAUUUCCUAUGCCUAUCACCACUAUCUAGACGAUGGCAAUUGCAAGGAUGAAAAAAGAAAUGCCGAUGAGGUUUCUAAAGCUCCCAUGCUGGAAAGCUAACUGAUGUCUCCGAUAUAUGGGAGCCUUGAAAUUGAUCGGUGACAGAUUUCCAUGGUUACAUACAAUUCGGGUGCCUGUGUCAUGUCCUAAAAUGUAGUUUUCUUCCGUGUAGCAGACCUGUAAAACAGUUAAGCUAGGAGUGCUGUAAAAGAACAUCGAUGAUCAAAUUAUACGAGCAUAUUGGAAGGAUUGCUGAGUA